UCAACUGUCCGCCUCCCCCUUUCCUAUGGAGGAAAGUGUGGGUGGGGCCAGGGAGGGGCGGUGAGUCAAGACCUAGUUGCUGCAGGGCAAAGGUUGGGAGGGUGGGACUCCUCGGAAUUCCUGGGGCUACAGGUCCAGCGCUCCUCCUCCUCCCUGCGGGAACUGCCCGCUCCUCCGACCCACCUUCACUCACCACCAUGGAGUUCGACCUGGCAACAGGUGCGCUCCGGGCGGGGGGUCCCCGUGGGUGGGGGCAGGCUCAGUGGGGCCAGGGGUUCCGAUACCCCCAACCCACCCAACUUCAUUUGUGUCGCAGCCUUGAACUCUAAUUCCAAGAAGCCAGCGGGGACAGGCCAGGUGAGAGACGCCAGGCACGGUCCCUCCAAGGCUCAGGGCCCGCCAGAGGCGGGGGCACCUCGGAAACCAAGGGUAAGUCACCUCGCCACCAGGCAUGCAGGGGGAUGGGGCGACCUGGAUUCGACUUUGGCCCUUAGACCUUGUCGCACCUCGGCUUUCCGACUUGGGGUCGGGGUCUGGGAAGGGGUUCCCCGCCCUCACUGUCAUCCCUGUCCCCCAGCAUGGCAAUGGCAGCUCCUCAGACUCCAGCAGCAGCAGCUCCUCCAGCGACUCGGAUGCCGAGGGGAAGUGCCACGCUGCGGGCGCCAAGCAGCACGAAGCCACCCCGGGCCAGGCCAAGAAGCUCAAGGUGAAGAAGAAAAAGGAGAAGAAGGACAAGAAGGAGAAGGGCAAGGAGAAGGGCAAAAAGUCCCCUCACUGAUUAAACCCUCCCGGGCAAGGAGAAGGGCAAGAAGUCCCCUCACUGAUUAAACCCUCCCGAUGGUGGCGCUGUGUCUGGCUCCCACCCCGUCGCUCCGCUCCCUGGCCCGGCGCUGCCCCCUGCCGGGCGUCCAGUCCCCUGCCCGGCGUCCCAAGGACAGAGGCGGCCCCAGUCCUUCA